CAGUCUUUCUUCUUUCAAUCUGCGCUCUGCUUCCACAAUGUUUGAAAAGUCUCUGAACGACCUGAUCCGCGGCAUCCGCAACAACAAGAACAAUGAGGCCAAGUUUGUUGCAACUUGCCUUGCCGAGAUCAAGGUCGAGCUCAAGCAGGACAACAUUGCCGUCAAAGCCACAGCCGUCGCCAAGCUGAGCUAUCUGCAAAUGCUCGGCUUUGAUGUCAGCUGGGCUGCAUUCAACAUUAUCGAGGUCAUGAGCUGCUCGCGUUUCACGCUCAAGCGCAUUGGCUACUUGGCUGCAUCACAAAUCUUCCGUGAAACCACCGACGUCCUCAUGCUGACCACCAACAUGAUCAAGAAGGAUCUUGCCAGCCAAAAUCCCUUCGAAUCAGGCAUGGCGAUGAACGGCCUCAGCAACUUCAUCACCUUGGAUCUCGCCCGCGAUUUGGCAAACGACAUUGUCUCCAUGGUCAACUCAUCUCGCCCGUACGUGCGCAAGAAGGCUGUUCUCGUCAUGUACAAGGUGUUCUUGAAGUUCCCCGAGGCCCUGCGCCCGUCCUUCCCUCGGCUGAAGGAGAAGCUCGAAGAUCCCGAUCAGUCGGUGCAGUCGGCAGCAGUCAACGUUAUUUGCGAGCUUGCCCGCAAAAACCCAAAGAACUAUCUGCCGCUCGCGCCGCUCUUCUUCAAAAUCCUGACAGAGUCCAGCAACAACUGGAUGCUCAUCAAGAUUGUCAAGUUGCUCGGCUCGCUCACACCGCUCGAGCCACGCUUGGCCAAAAAGCUGGUUGAACCCCUCACCACCAUCAUCAACUCCACCCCUGCCAUGUCGCUCUUGUACGAGUGCAUUGCUACCGUCAUCAGCGGCAUGACCCAGCACGAGGCGAUUGUCCAACUUUGCGUUGGCAAGCUGCGCCUGUUCGUCGAGGACAACGACCAGAAUCUCAAGUACCUCGGCCUGCUCGCCCUCGGCUCCAUCCUGAAGACGCAUCCCAAGCCUGUUGCCCAGCACCGCGACCUGGUGCUCAAGUGUCUCGACGACAAGGAUGAAUCCAUUCGCCUGCGCGCCCUUGAUCUGCUUGUCGGCAUGGCGACCCGCAAGACGCUUGUGGACGUUGUCAAGCGCCUGCUUUCACACAUGGGCGCCAUCGAGCUUGCUCCCUACCGUGACGAAGUCAUCUCGCGUAUUGUUCAGAUGUGCAGCCAAAACAGCUACCAGCUCGUCACUGACUUUGAGUGGUACGUUUCGAUUCUGGUCGAGCUGACUCGCGUGCAAGGCACUCGCCACGGUGCCUUGAUUGCCAGCCAGCUGAUGGACGUGGCCAUUCGCGUGCGCGUCGUUCGACCCUUCGCUGUCAAGCACAUGGCCGCACUGGUGACGGACUCGCACCUGAUCACCGGUUCACACGAAAAGAACGGCGUUUGCGAAGUUCUGCAUGCCGCUGCCUGGCUUUGCGGCGAGUACGCAGACCUGUUGCUCACCCCGCUCGAGACUGUCACCGCCAUGACCCAACAGCGCGUUUCCACUCUCCCCGGCCACAUUCUGUCCGUGUACAUUCAGUCCUGCGUCAAGAUCUACGCUGCUCUUGCCGGCCGAGCUGUCGGCUACGAGCGCCCCGUUGAUCAAGGUGAGGAGGAAGAGGAGGAAGAAGACGACGACUCGGUCGCUCCCAAGCUGGAGCCGGAGGAAGCUUCCGUCCUCGUUCCCAAGCUCGGCCAGGUUCUGCUUGCUCGUCUCCCGCUGUUUGUCCAACAUGGCGAUUUGGAGGUGCAAGAGCGCAGCUGCUCCACCCUGGCGCUCGUGCGUCAGGUCAGCGCUCAGCUCUAUCCUGGCGGCUCCAAGCCUGCCGCUGCUGCCAAGCCCAGCAAUGGCGUUAAUCUUCUCGGCGACCUCGACCAAGAUGCCCCCGCCGAGGAGGAGGAGGAGGUCUCUGAGGACGAAGUUGAGUCAGAGAUCAACAAGCCGAUUGCCCUCGAGUUGGCGCGUCUGUUUGAGGGCGAAUUCAACCCUGUCGCAUCCAAGGCCCAACGCAAAGUCCCAGUUCCCGAAGGUCUGGACUUGAACGCUUGGAUUAACACCCCGCCUGCACCGGUAGAGUCGGAUGAUGAGCACGAUCAGGAUGACUUUGCUCUUGUCAAGGACGCCGGCUCGCUUGUCGGUGGAGCUGGUGCCUUUGGCUCCAAGAUCAAGGAGGAGCCGCUCGACCCCGAGGAAUUGCAGCGAAGGCGUGAUGCCCGCAAGGCCGCCGAGUCCAUGAACGUGCACUACCUCAAGGACCGCAAGCGCUCGGACACGUCGCCGCUGACGGGCCCGAACGUGGACGACAUUCCAGUCGCCAAGCUCGACUUUGGCCUCAAGCUUCAAAUCGACGGCGACGACGGCAAGAAGGGCAAGAAGGGCAAGAAGGGCAAGAAGACUGCCGAAGAGGAGCAGGAGGAGGCCGCUGCCGCUGCCGCAGCUGCCCGCCGAAAGAAGAUUGUUGUCAAGAAGAGCCAAGACGACGACGAUGACGAUGACGCCAGCCGGGAUCGUCGCGACGCGACUUCCAAGGCCCUUGACGUCGAUCUGACCGCCCCGCUCGAGACGCACGAAACACUGCCCAUGCAGUCGCACCGCGUGGCCAAUUCGUCCAAGAUUGACAGCGAUGACGGUUCCGACAAGCCUGCGAAGGGCAAGAAGAAGUCCAGCUCGUCCAAAAAGGCCAGCAAGGGCGACGCCUCGGAGGACGGCGAGAAGAAGAAAAAGAAGAAAAAGAAGGCGAGCGCCGAUGCCGACGAAUCGCCCAAGUCUUCCAAGUCCAAAAAGACCAAGAGCUCGUCCCUCGUUGAUGUUGCUGCAUCCGAGCCUGCUGCUGCUGCAGCAGCAGCAGCCUCUCCUCGACCAAAGCUCAAGCACGCUGAUUCCGCUGCCUCUGCAUCGCCCAUGGUGACCUCGGUCAAGAGCAUGGACGAUCUCAACUUUUGGUUGACUGGAGAUGCAAACGCUGCCGCACCCGGUUCGCCGGCCUCUUCGUCUACCGCUGCCGACGACAGUGGCAGCAAGAAGAAGAAGAAGAGCGUCUCAGCCGCUCCGGAGCCUGUCGCGGCGGCUACCCCCGAGAAGGCACGCAAGUCAAGCAAAUCCGCAGCGUCGGCCGCGCCGCCUGCUGAAGAGGACGAUGAGGACGGUGGCAAAAAGUCCAAGAAGAAGUCGUCCAAGUCGAAAUCCUCUGCUUCCGCCGCCCCCGAGGCAGCCGACCUGCUCAUGGGUGACCCGCAGACCACGUUUGGUGAGCGCAAGCAGCUCGCAUCCGACGCCAAUCUCGGUUUGUUUGCCUCGACAACCGUCAGUCUCCUGGACGGCAAGGGCGUUCAUGUCUCCCUCACCUUGGACAACCGUUCGGGCUUUGACAUGUCCCGUGUCGAGAUUUCCGUCUUGGAUUCCAUCAACGCAAAGCUUGAGCGCCCGCCAGGCUCGUCUUCCGGCGACAGCAUCAAGAUUGACGCCACCCUUCCAACGGGAACGCUGUACAUGUGCCCGACUCUUUCGUUCGUUGUUCAGGACAUUAGCGUGGCCCAAAAGCUCAAGGGCUCCGUGACGUACCUCGUUGACACGGCGCAGGGCAAGACGAGCGACAAGUUGGACUUCCGCUUGGUUUUGCCAACCUCAGGCUUUGUGGUUGCCGCACCCUGCAAAAAGUCAGAGUUUGCUUCCAUCUUGGCCGAGGGCGAGCUUUGUGCAGCGCACCAGCACAAGGCCGCUCUGAAAGAGGGCGUGUCCUUGGCCAACGCUGUCGACAUUAUUCGUGGCAAGCUGCACCUGUCCAUCGUCGAGGCGCUGGAUGUUGGCAUUUCCCUCUACGGCCGAACCAACCAGCAACACCACGUGUGCGUGCUUGUCAAGCCGACCAGCAAUGGCCAAGGCGUGUCGGUUGAUGUCAAGACGUCCCAACCACAAGCUCUCGCCGCCUCGCUGAUUGAAGAGUUGAAGGAGGUGUUGUAGAGCGGUUGACCUCUCAUUCUCGGUGUGUGUGUGUGUUGAUUUUUACGUGUGCAUGCGCGAAUUUCUGAGUUUGUAAUUUUUUUCUUGUUGUGAUUUAAUAGCGUAUGCUUUGCCCA